UGAAUGGCAACUACCACUACCUGCGUUUGGCGAAAAUGAGUUGUGAAGAAAUAAACGCCUGGGUCGAGCACUUCCGUACACGUUCCGGUGAAAACAUCAUGCCAAUCUACAAGCCACGCAGUACAAACAACCCCUCAAUUCAAGGAAUGUGGACUCCUUUCUCACCUUCCCAUAAUUCUGGACGGUCUGUGAUGAAUCCGUCGGAGAUUUUGGCUAAUCUUGAAAAACUAUCACUCUGUGAAUUUGAACGGGACCAGUCAGCUGAGGAAUAUUUGCGUGACCUGGACCAACGGCAACGCCGCAGAGUCGCGAGCGAGUGA